AUGGCAAAGCUUAGCGCAAAAAGAUUGAAAACACAGUCAGAGAGGACUGGCUGUACCAAAACUGAAAGGAGCACGUCCUUCGCUGAAGGCCGUUGUCACUAUUCUCGCUUCAAGAAUGGCACCAGCUUCCAUGUGUUCGACCAAGGACGGUUUGCCAAGGAGGUGCUGCCCAAGUAUUUCAAACACAACAACAUGGCCAGUUUCGUCCGGCAGCUGAACAUGUGUAAGUUCGACCUCCAGCUCCGAGGCCGCAGAGGCCCUACGGACGCUGGCGAAACGGUAGAAAGUAGGAGAGUGGAAGAGGACGCGUGCCAGAGGGUCGUGCCUGCAGAAGCUGAGAUCUCCCGUGCAGGGACCCCCGUGUCAGUAGUGAAAAGCGAGGAGACCAAGAUGCGGCAGGAGGACCUCAGCAGGUUGCUAUACGAGGUACAGAUACUGAGAAGUCAGCAAGAGAACAUGGAGUGUCAAGUGCAGGACAUGAAGCAGCAAAAUGAAGUUCUUUGGCGAGAAGUUGUUUCUCUCCGUCAGAACCACACACAGCAACAGAAAGUGAUCAACAAGCUGAUUCAGUUUCUGUUUGGCCAGCUCCAAUCAAACCCCAGCAGCACUGGGAUAAAGAGGAAGCUACCUCUGAUGCUUGACAAUGGGACCUCAGUUCCGCAAGUGCCCAAGUUCAGCCGGCAUUUGUCUGCUACAGACCCUCUCCAUGACCCCUAUUUCAUUCAGUCGCCAUCAACAGAACCUGCCUCAUGCUUAAACAGCCCUGCAAUUGCUGGAGGACCCAUCAUCUCUGAUGUUACUGAAGCAUCACCAUCCAACAUAAUAAAUAUGCAGUCCCCUCCUGAUAGUGACAGGGAGAAGAGCCUCAUGCUGAUCAAGGAAGAGCCGGUCAGCCCUGGAGUGAAAGCCACCACUGAGCCUGAUAUCCCGCUCCCAGGCUGCCGGGCUUGCGCUGAGCCCCCGGUGCUCCCAGUUGCCAUGAUUCAGUCUGUUUUGGAAGGUAAAGGGAGCUGUGGUGCAGCCCAGCCAGGGACCUUGCAGCCACCCGAGAGAAGAGGCAGAAGAGCACUGCUGGACAGAACAGAUAUUUCAGACCCAUUGGAGGGCGCCGACUUGAGUUUAGAAGGCCUGCAGCUGCUGCUGAGGAGCCAGCAGUACAGCCUGGAGCCGGCCAGUAUCCUGGAUGUCUUUAAUCCCAGUUUGUCUUUGAGUGAGUGGAAUUUGACCGAAAUGGAAGCCAGUCUGUCCCCGAUGCAGCGACUCACAGUGGAUCUGGAGAAGAAUGCAACUGAGCUGGCCUCGAAAGCGUUCAACCCACCGUUGAACAAUGGCUGCCCAGGGAAAGAUGUCAUUCUUGAAAGCACCCAGCAGUUCCUGAUUGAUCGUCAGUCAAUCUUUGGAAACGACAUUAUCAGCUUGCCUGAAAGUUCAUCGCUUUAUGUCCCAUCUGAAAAUAUGGCUUCUUACCUGUCCUCUGCGGCUGUCCAAGGGGAUAUCCCGUUAAACCUGAGUGCUUCAACUGACAACAACUAGCGAUUUAGCUUCCAAGACAAAAACAUCUCCCUCCCAUCCAUCCAAGCAUCUCUCUACAGGUUUGAAUGUAAAGAAACAAAAGUGACUCAGAAACCCACCACAGAGCUGUGCCCUUUCUUUUUGAAUAGAUGGAAAUGGUCAGUAGCUGUUGCAUGACCUUCUCUGCCCCUGAAUUUCAGUGUUUGUCUAGAAUAAUAAUUUUAAAACAAAAUGUUGCUUUAUGAUGUGUUUGGGGGGAGGGGAGGGUUCUUUUACGAAUUUCAGGCCUACUAAGAAAAUCUUCUGAGAAUUUGAGUGAAGGGUAGCUUGAAAGUCUAUCAGGGACUUCAUAAAAUAAAGCAAUCCUGACUAGUA